AUGAAUAAACAACCUAAAUAUUUGCCCAUAGAUAUCACAUUUAAGGAUUUAAAAUACACUGUUGCUACUAAAAAUGGCGACAAAGUCAUCCUUAACAAUAUUGAAGGAAUUUGUAAAAGUGGUGAAAUCACAGCCAUUUUAGGCUCUUCGGGUGCUGGUAAAACUUCUCUCUUAAAUGGUUUGUGUCAGAGAUUGCAAGUAGAUUAAAAUCACAGACUAGAAGGAAGCAUCCUUGCAAAUCAAAAAAAGUAUACAAGUAAAUCUUUUCCUAAUUUUGCAUCAUAUGUCAUGCAAGAUGACAUCCUUCCUGAAACUCUUACUGUCAGAGAAUGCAUUUCUUUUGCCGCUGAUUUUAAAAUCAAAGGCUCAAAAGAAGAAAAAGAAAAAAAAGUUGACGAAGUUAUUAAAACUUUAAAAUUAGAAAGAUGCCAAAAUACACUUAUUGGUGGUAACUUCAUAAAAGGUGUAUCUGGAGGAGAAAGAAAGAGAACUUCUAUUGGAUUCGAAUUAGUAAGUAAUCCAUAAGUUAUAUUCCUUGAUGAACCAACUUCUGGGUUAGAUAGUUUUACUGCCUACAUUCUCAUAAACGAAUUAAGAGAAUAUGCUCAUAAUACUAGAAAGACAGUUAUAUUCACUAUUCACUAACCUUCCACUGAUAUUUGGUAAAUGUUUGAUAGAAUCAUCUUAAUGAUUCAUGGAUAGAUCAUUUACUAAGGACCAGGAAGGGAAUAAAUUUUGAACUAUUUUAGUAAAAAUUCAUUUGUUUGUCCACACAAUUCAAAUCCAGGAGAUUACUUUUUAUCAAUAAUGCACUCCGAAAGUUCUACUAAUGUUUAAAAUUUCCCUACAUAUCUUGAAAACUAUUAACAGUAGCUUCAAGGUUUAGUUCAUUAAGAAAUAGAAUAAUCAAAUGUAUCAGAUCUUGAAAAAAGAUAACAAGUUCUUAAUAUAUUCUAGUAAAUUCCCCUAAUUAUUAAGAGAUGCUUAAAGAUCAAUUUCCGUAAUCCAAUUUUAGUCAAAUCUAGAACUAUUUAAAGUAUAAUCAUGGCUACAUACAUUGGACUUAUUUGGUUCUAAUUACCAGAUGGAAAAAAUGAUCCUACCAAUAUUGUUGAUGUUUAAAAUAGAGCAGGAUUAAUAUAUUUCCUUUCUGUUUCUGUUUUCAUGGAGUCUGUCAAUCCUUGUGUUUUAACUUUCCCUGUUGAUAAAGCUACUUUUUUAAGAGAAGAAAACGCUAAGUUGUAUGGAUAAUUUGCCUAUUUUACUGGAAAAUUUUUAGUUGAUAUUUUAAGUAAUUUACCUCUGCCUAUUCUUGAUACAUUAAUUGCCUACUUUAUGACAGGUCUUAGACUUGAAACUGGAGCUUUCUUCUUUUAUCUUAUCACAAUGAUCAUAAUGAGUAUAACUGGUGUUAGUGUUGGAUAUUUUGUUGGUACUCUUUUCAAAGAUGCUAAUACAUCUAUGUCAAUGAUGCCUAUGAUUGUUAUCCCUUUUAUGUUAUUCUCAGGUUUUUAUAAAAAUCGUUCCGAUUAUGCUAGCUGGAUUGGUUGGGUAGAAUACCUUUCUCCAUUCAAAUAUGCAUUUUAGGCACUUUGUAUAAAUGAGUUUGAAGUCACUUACUUCAUUCCAAAUCCUAUUAAAUCAUACAAUUUUGAGUUUAGUAAAGGAGAAGCUUUGGGACUUUUAAUUGUAUAUAUGAUUAUUGUCUCAAUGAUUGCCUUUUUCCUAUUAUCAAUUUUCAAAAAAAAACUAUAAUGA